AUGGCAAGGUUCUUGUGGGCAUUAUCCGCUGUCUUCACUCUGUGUAUUCUCUCAAGCCAUUCAUAUUCAAUAAGGAAACCACCCUAUGAACUGGAUGAAAAAGGAUCACGACCAGACUAUGCAGCGAUCUAUGUGGUUAUAAACGGUUUGUAUGUGUCAUUUGCUCAGGAAAACCCUCCCACUAAAUUGCGAUUUUCACCUCUAUGCGUGACGUGUAAUGCGGCUGUUUCGGCUAUGUGGCUUGUCAUGAAAUUGGACAUGAGCGAACCUGUGGUCUUACAAUUUGCCACUUUACUCUGUAAAUUGGUGGCAAAACAGAGUUGGGUCGUUUGUGAAGGUAUUUCGACACAGUUUAGGGAAGAGUUCUUCUAUGUGUUUCGACAACUGGCCGAGAAAAAUCCAUCUGCUAUUUGUGGCCUAUUGCUGGACGAAUGUGCCGAUCCAAAUGACCCGAGUGAGUCUGGUUGGGCCGUCGCGCUUCCUCCAAAGCCCACCAAGGAGAUGAAGGCAAUCAUCGACAAGAAAAGAGCACAAUUUGCCCAUCCAAAAGGGUCCAGCCAUCGAUACCUUCGAGUCCUACAGUUAUCAGAUAUGCACGUAGACUUUGAUUACAACCCAGGAUCAGAAGCCGAAUGCGAUCUACCCGUAUGCUGUCGAGCGACAACAGAGAAACCAAAAAAACCAGCAGGAUACUGGGGAACCGUCGGCAGAUGCGAUAUCCCUUACCGAACACUCAAGAAUAUGCUAGAGCAUAUCAAUGCAACAGCUGAGGUGGACUAUGUUAUGCUAUCGGGAGAUUUUAUAAACCACGCUGACUGGAUGUAUUCGAUCGAAGAACAUAAGAAAGCCCUUAGGAAUGUGAGCGCUUUGAUCCGCGAAUUCUUUCCUCUGACUCCAACUUACUGGGCAAUCGGCAACCAUGAAGGAGUACCUGUGAAUAGGUGA